GGUUUGGAGCCUUUUUUUGCUUAGGUUUUCUUCUAUCGAAAUAAUCGUUGUGCGGUAAUUUUCAGAUGUACCCGCGCCGCGCAAUUCCGUAAAAUUGACAAAUCAAAUAAAUCGCUAACACCCUUUUUGCCACAGUUAUGUUGAAUUUACUGCUAGCGUUAUGCUAUGCUUCGCCGAGGCAAGAAAGAAGAUUCCCUGACGACUUUCUCUUUGGUACUGCUACUGCGUCAUACCAGAUAGAAGGAGGAUGGAACGCUGAUGGAAAAGGAGAAAAUAUUUGGGAUCGCAUGACCCACACAAACCCUGACGUAAUAAAAGACAAAAGUAAUGGCGAUGAAGCAGGCGACACGUACAACAAUUAUGCUAGAGAUGUGGAAAUGAUGAGAGAACUUGGCUUGGAUGCAUACAGAUUCUCACUAUCCUGGGCCAGAAUACUACCUAACGGCUUAGCCAAUCAAAUCAAUGAACCUGGGGUUGAAUUCUAUAAUAACUACAUCAACGAAAUGCUGAAGUACAACAUUACUCCCAUGAUAACUCUUUACCAUUGGGAUUUACCGCAAAAAAUCCAAGACCUUGGAGGUUUCUUAAGUCCAAUAUUCCCAGAAUUUUUUGAAGAUUACGCAAGAGUUGUUUUUGAGAGGUUUGGCGAUAGAGUAAAACAUUGGAUAACUUUUAAUGAACCGAGAGAGAUAUGUUAUGAAGGCUAUGGUUCCAGUACUAAAGCUCCAAUUCUAAAUGCCACAGAUGUUGGAACAUACAUGUGUGCCAAACACUUGGUUUUAGCUCAUGCCAGAGCUUAUCAUGCUUAUGAUAAAGAUUACCGCAGCGACCAGGGUGGUGUUUGUGGAAUUACAAUAAGUGUCAAUUGGUUUGGCCCGUUAACAGAUUCUGAAGAGGAUAAUUUUGCAGCAGAGAUACAGCGACAGGCAGAGUGGGGAAUAUACGCUGAACCAAUUUUCUCCGAAGAAGGAGGUUUUCCAAAAGAGUUUGCCGAGAGAGUCGCCAAGAACAGUGAAGAACAAGGCUACCCUAGAUCUCGAAUGCCAGAAUUUAGUCCAGAAGAAAUAGAAUUCGUUCGUGGCUCUGCAGAUUUCUUUGGAGUAAAUCACUAUACGGCAUUCUUAAUAUCAGCCGCUGAGCACAAACAAUGGUAUCCUAUGCCUUCAUUAUAUACUGAUACCGAUGUUGGGACUUACAGACCACCUGAAUGGGCUUCAGCGGCAUCUUCCUGGUUGAAGCUUGCACCCAACAGUAUUUUUAACGCACUUACCCAUCUUAGGAACAAAUACAACGACCCAGUGUUCUACAUCACAGAAAAUGGCUGGUCGCAACCCCCUGGUGCCGGUUUGGAAGAUGAUGAUAGAAUAACGUACUACAGAGCAGCACUUAACAGCGUGCUGGAUAGCUUGGAGGCGGGAGUCAAUCUUAAGGGUUACAUGGCGUGGAGUCUUCUUGAUAACUUUGAGUGGAUGGAAGGAUACACGGAACGGUUUGGCCUGUACGAAGUAGAUUUCGAAUCUUCAGAGAAGACGCGCACUCCAAGGAAAUCCGCAUUCAUUUACAAGGAGAUUAUUCGAAGCCGCACUAUUGAUCCUGAAUACGAACCACCCACCCGAACUAUGUGGAUUGAUGAAGGACAUUAAAUUGACUAUAAUUAAAUUAAUUUUAACUUAUUAAAUUAUGACGUUUAAAA